UGAUUUUGGAGGUCUUAAGUUGGAUGUGUCAAAAUGGUAUGACAAAUGUAGAUAUGGUUUAAGCAUGUUGAAAGUUUUAUACAGUGACCAUGUAAAAAAUAAUUAUGCAUUACAUAGGUGUUCUAAAACAAUGGACAUCAUUGAGUUGCUGAUUGGUGCUGGACAUCUGACUCCAGACAAUCUCACUCUCCUCUAUGAAACUAUUAAGGUAACACAACAAUUUGGUCUGGGUGAGUUAAUUCAAAAUCGACAUCCAUCAUUCCCAAUACCAAACGAUAUCAGGAAUAUUGUGAUCACAGAAUUUACACAGCAUCGGCAAAGACUUGUCAAUCUGGGAAUGACACUGAAUCCAGAUGAAAUACAACACCUCACUGCAGUGUAUAGUGUUGCAGAGGAACAUACAACAGACAGCUGGAAUUUGAUUAUAGAUCUCCAACAGAGAAUGAUAAUUUAUGAAGAAGGGAUGGAGGCAUUCAUUAAAAACUUAAAGAAAUAUGAACUUCCAAGGGCAAUAACAGCUCUAACAGAAGGUAUGACACAAUUGGUUAAUGAGCCCAAGUGCACAGCAACAUCUUUGGAUUCUGUCAACAUGGCUGCCAGUGAUCAUACUCUAUUAAAAGGAAAACACAAACCAUAUAUUUCUGAAGCAUUUCAGAUAUCUAAAGAACCUAUGGAGGCAUUGGAGAAAGCUGUCAAUGACUGCAAAAACAAAAUACAAGAUGACAUAAAACAAGUUAUUCAAAAAGUUACAAAAUUAGAAGAAAACAAACAUACAAUUUUAAGAGAUAUUGACAAUCAUGUACAAGUGAUGAUAAGGAAAAUCAAAGAAAAUGAAGACAAAAUUAAAAAUGAAGUAGAGACAUUAUAUGAACAAAGAAAGGUGUUCUUGGAUGUUAAAAUGCAUGAAUUGCAAGCAUCAUUGGAUUUCUUAAAUCUACAGAGUAAUGAAUCAACAGCAAGGCAAUUAAGUAGAACUACAGCACUGAAGGAGAGAAUCGAUGAAUUGUCAAAAACACUACCAAAUGAUGAUAGAAAAAUUAAUUUUGUUAAAAACCAAUGUGAAUUUGAUAAUAUUGGGAAUAUACAAUAUCUGAGGACAGCAGACUACCUAAAAUUACAAGGGAUGGAAUCUGUGACCCAAGGUCAGACAAUUGUUUUCAAAAUAAUUAAAACAGAUGAAUGUAAAAUACAUGUAAAUCAACUGAAGGCAACAUGGACACUACCUACAGGAGAAAUUAACAUCAUUCAAAUUGAAGAAGACAACAAUAGACAUUAUUUAGUGACAGUAAAUUGCACAAGUUCAGGUGUUUGCAAACUAGAUGUUAGUGCUGAUGACACACCAAUCAAUCAGUCACCACAGUUGAUCAAGGUAGAGAAGGAAGGAUUAGUAAAUACUAUUAAAAUAAAUGAAGAAUAUAUAAAAGAUUUAAUUAAGUGUGAAGAUGAUUGCUUGCUGGUUUCAUGCUUGACAAAUGAAAUGCUCAAGUACAAGCAAUCAGGAGAAUAUAUUGGUAAGGUUACACUACCACAAGGUGUGAAAGUAAACAGAAUGUUCAAAAUGAAGAAUGGUAACAUAGCAUUCAGUGAUUUUAAUGCUAGAUGCAUCAAAGUAUGCAAUAAGAAUGGUCUGGUGACCAAAUCAAUUGGCCAGGAAAAAUCAAUGAAGACAUCUGGUAUGUAUAUUGAUGAGACAUCAAAUGUUGCAUAUGUAGGAGGUUGUAAAACUGGUAGUGUGUUCAUGUUUGACAUUGAUAGUGGCCAGAUGAUCAGGAGCAUAGGAUCACGAGGCAUUCAAAAAGGUCAAAUGAUGGGAAUUAGGAAUGUUACAAUUACAAAUCAAAGACAUCUUCUUGUAUUAGAGUUUGAGAACAACAGAUUACAACUGUUUGAUAAUGAGGGAAGGUUCAUUAAAGUCCUUGUUGAAGCAGGUGAUGAGAAUGGUAAGGUGAGGUGUCCACGUGGAGUAGUAGUUGAUGAGGAUGACAACAUCAUUAUAUCAAGUAAUCACAAACUACAACUAUUCAGUGGAGAUGGAAAUUUCAUUAAAAGAAUCGAUAAACCAGAAGAUGGAAUCAACGAUCCAUGUGGAUUGUCCAUAAUUUCUGUUUAUCCACGAAGACUUGCAGUAGCAAAUUCUGGUGAACAAAAUAUAAAAAUAUUCAAUUAUUAAAGUUAUUGAUACAUUUCAGAAUGUGUAAUAAUGGCAGUAUCUGUUUUCAUAUCCUUUUAAUAUUUACACAGCAAUCUGAAUGAACAACAUAAUCUGUAUUAGCAAUAGUACAAUGUGAGACCUAUCUAAAUGUUAUGAUGCUGUUUAUAAAAAAUACUAAU